AAACCCGGAAGUAGCAUUAAAAUUCAUUAGCCUACAGAGCUAACUGCUUUUAUAUGCGCCCCCCCUGAAAGACAUGGAGGCUUUGUGUUACUGAGAGUCUACAAGUAAUAAGAAAUACAUUCUUCUGCAAAGGUUAGAACUGAUCAUGGAGUCGAUGCUGAACAAGCUAAAAAGCACCGUCACCAAGGUGACUGCUGAUGUCACCAGCGCCGUUAUGGGCAACCCGGUGACGCGGGAAUUUGAGGUUGGCCGACACAUAGCUAGUGGGGGUCCAGGCAUGUGCUGGAGGAUCUACAAUGGUACCAAAAAGUCCACCAAACAGGAAGUGGCUGUGUUUGUGUUUGAUAAGAAGAUGAUUGACAAGUAUCAGAAAUUUGAAAAGGACCAAAUCAUUGAUUCACUGAAAAGAGGGGUGCAACAGCUGACCAGACUGCGCCACCCCCGUCUCCUGACUGUGCAGCACCCUCUGGAGGAAUCACGGGACUGCCUGGCUUUCUGCACAGAGCCGGUGUUUGCCAGUCUGUCCAAUGUGCUGGGUCAGUGGGACAACCUGCCCAGCCCAGUUCCUAAUGACAUCAAGGAAUACAAACUGUACGAUGUGGAGACCAAAUACGGCUUAUUGCAGAUCUCAGAGGGCUUGUCGUUUCUCCACAGUGGGGUGAAAAUGGUUCACGGCAACCUUUGUCUAGAAAACAUUAUAGUCAACAAGAGCGGCUCCUGGAAGAUCAUGGGCUUCGACUUCAGCAUCUCUUCCACCAACCCCUCAGAUGCUGAGCCAAAAUACACAUGUAAAGAAUGGGAUCCCAACCUUCCUCCACUCUGCCUCCCGAACCCUGAAUACCUGGCGCCGGAGUAUAUCCUGUCCGUCAGCUGUGACUCCGCCUCUGACAUGUACUCACUGGGCGUGGUCAUGCACGCUGUCUUCAAUGAGGGCAAGCCUGUUUUCCAAGUCAACAAGCAUGAUAUUUUUAAGAGCUUCAGCAGACAAUUGGACCAGCUUACCAACAUAAGUCCAGCCCUGCUCACCAAGAUCCCAGAGGAGGUGCGGGAACAUGUCAAGAUGCUGCUUAGCGUCACGCCCACUGUUAGGCCCGACGCAGACCAGAUGACCAAGAUUCCAUUUUUUGAUGAUGUGGGUGCAGUGACCCUACAGUACUUUGACUCGCUCUUCCAGAGGGACAAUCUUCAGAAAUCCCAGUUUUACAAAGGCUUGCCUAAAGUGUUGCCUAAAUUACCCAAGAGAGUGGUCGUGUUCCGCAUCCUGCCCGCGUUGACAUCAGAGUUCGUCAACCCAGACAUGGUUCCGUUUGUUCUGCCCAACGUGCUGUUGAUCGCAGAGGAGUGCACCAAGGAGGAAUACAUUCGACUCAUUCUGCCGGAACUCACGCCUGUUUUUAAGCAGCAGGAGCCGAUACAGGCUAGCAAUAUGAUCCUGCUGAUCUUCCUUCAGAAGAUGGAUCUGCUGCUGACCAAGACACCAUCAGAAGACAUAAAGAACAGCGUGCUGCCGAUGGUCUAUCGCGCUCUGGAAGCCCCGUCUGUGCAGAUCCAGGAACUCUGCCUGAAUAUCAUCCCAACUUUUGCCAACCUGAUUGAUUACCCGUCCAUGAAGAACGCCCUCAUUCCUCGAAUUAAAUCAGCCUGCUUACAGACCUCCUCCCUAGCUGUGCGGGUGAACUCUUUGGUGUGUCUGGGGAAGAUCCUGGAAUAUCUGGACAAGUGGUUUGUCAUUGAUGAGAUCCUUCCUUUCCUACAGCAGAUCCCCUCUAGAGAGCCCGCAGUACUCAUGGGCAUUCUGGGGAUCUAUAAGUGCACCUUCAGCCAUAAGAAGCUGGGAAUCCCUAAAGAAAACCUCGCCACCAAGAGUCUGCCUCACCUCAUCUCUCUUUGUAUAGACAACAACCUCAACCUCAACCAGUUUAACUCCUUUAUGGUGGUCAUCCGAGACAUGCUGAGCCGCAUGGAGAUUGAACACAAGACGAAGUUGGAGCAGCUGCACGUCAUGCAGGAGCAACACAGGACCAUAACCAUCUCUAGCCAAGGGAACCAAUCUGAGGAGGCCAAGAGCCAGCCGAGCUCUGGCACCCAGAUUGACGAUAUCUUUGGCGGCAGCAGCGCCAGCACGAAAGAGAAUGGAUCUUCAACAGCAGCCCCACAGCCGAAUAGAAUGUCCCUGACUCUGGAGGAGAAACAGCGAUUGGCCAAGGAGCAGGAGCAAGCAGCCAAACUGAGGAACCAGCAGCCGUUGGCACCGCAGACGAUCAAACCGGCCCCCACCUACUCCUCACAGACAAAGGAUCUGACCGGUAGUCUUCUCAACAACACGACAUCUUUAAACAGCCUGUCUUUGGCCAACAUACCACGCCCGGCGUUGGUUCAGGGCAACACCUUCUCUGCAUUCCCCUCCGCCAGUCCUGUGGGCACCGCAGUCUCCAACGGCUUUAACCCCAACAUGGGUUUCCAGGCAGGAGGCAUGGGCGUGCGGCCCACACCUCCCGGGCUUUACAGCGGCAUGGCUGCCACCACCAGCACCCAAAGCUUUGGCGCCCUCACCCAGAAUCAAGUGCAGACAAAUAGAACCCCCAACAUGUCAGCCUUGGACAACCUGUUUACACCCAGCAAGCCCAAAGUCACCCUCAAGGAAAUGACUGCACCUGGAGCCAACACCCCAUGGCUCAGUCAGUUCGGUUCAGCUCAGAAUACUCAGACUCAGCUUCAGGGUGGACCAGUAGGUAUGGGGGGUGUGUCUAGUGGGUUUGGAAUGCAAGCCAACCCUUUUUUCAGCCCGCAGAACUUUUCUCAAGGUGCGGCUGUCCCGGGCAUGAACCAAAGUGUUCUUAACCAGAGUACGUCCGUUAACAACGAUCUGAAAGACUUAUUUGGGUAAAAGUAAAAUGGUAGGUUGAGGGUAUUCUUUUGGUGACUGUGGACUGAGAAACUUGAAGUUCUUGCAGUGAAAGUUACCGACUGAAUGUGAAGAUCUAAAAUCCAACAAAGGAUGUUGCUGUCUAUUUUUGAUUCUGAUUCCGACUCACUAGCUCUUAGGUGGCCGCUGGACCUCAGCAAACUAACCUACACCUGAAGUCUGUUUCUAGUUGAGUCAAAAGACAGGACUUCUUACUGUGCUGUGUUCUUAUCAAUGCCAGGAGUUUCCUACUGUUUUCUACUUGAAAUAUGAGGGAGCGCAAAUGUCAGGGGUAAAUUUAUUCACAAAGCGUUUGUUCUUUCUAAGAAUGUGAGUAAAGGUGCGUCAGAUUUACUUUCUUAAAAAUUGUUAAUCUGCUGUGUUGCCGUCACUCUAGCGGAGCUUUUGUACCUUUUAUUGCUUUGACACACUGUUUUAGAACCUUCAUGCUGAAAACCUGUUGUUCCUGGCAGGAGGGAGCUUGAAGUGUAGCACCGAUGAGCCUAGAGGGAUGGGAAAAAUCAGCAGCCGUGCACUGAGUUCAAACGGGGCAAACGGGGUCGCUUGUAUGCCGCCUGUCUCCAUGGUAACCGUUUCUGUGCAGUCAGUAACCUACAUUUUGUGAAGUCAUUGGCAUUGAGUCUAGUCAUCAUUUUCUCUCUGUGGUCAUGUUGCUUUCCUCCUGAGCUGGUUCUACACCAAAACGAUUUAGUAUUUGGUCACUAAGGAGGUUUGUUACGUGGGGAAAAUAGGCUAAGUGACACCCGAUGUAGAGUUUUCCGAUUAGGGACUUGGCACUACCUAUGUGUAACGCAGGAUGGGCUUGGGGUUUGCAACUUCUAUAGCUUGCCAUUUAAGGUUGGGUCAACUUGUACCGGUUUUGGACAUAACUGUAUGAAUUUACCUCACUUGUGCUGAACUCUAUCAAAUAGCUUACAGAUGUGUCCCCUUGAGUUACAUGAGUGGGGGCAAGUCGUUAUUUGGAGAAAAUGGCACCAAACUCAGCCCCAUGUGAGAGCUGCUUUACCACUAAUUGUGGAAAUUGGCGGAGUUGCUGCUCAGCCAGAAUCAUAGAAAAACUCAUCAUGGUGUGAGUUGCUUGUAGAUUUUUUUUUUUUUCUCCUUUCAAAUCUGAUGUGCUAUGAUCGAUUUAAUGGUUAUUAAAAAGGGAUUCAUAGUUACAUCCUCAACGUGCUUAAAAGAUUCCAGCCUCUUCCAGACUUGAGCGAUUUACACAUUUCCUGAGCAACUUUCACUAUCACUACUCUGAUACUUCGACUCAUCCGAAAAGGGAAAAAAUGUGCUGGAUCAUCUAUUUGUAUAAAUGCGACAUGAGUCACUGAUGAUUGUGGAGCAGCUGCAUUUCAUCAGGUGAAGAUGAGUGAAGAACAGCGUGCACGCUACUCUGGCUAACGUGCCUUACACGGGUACAUGCUUAAAAGUAGACAGCUGGCACUACCCUGUCACUCAUAGUAUUAAAAUUUUUCCUCUUAAAUCGGUUGCUUGAGUAGUCAUGUAUGCAUCUCAAAUCGUCUUUCUGAAGCUGCUUUAUCAUUCGUUACUAAAGAAUAUGUUUCUAACGAUGAUUCCGCCGACCAGUAAAGAUGGUUUUAAGGCCUAAAAAUGUCAUUCCUGCUCGAUGGUUUGCAUCGGAUAAAGAUUUGUGGCUGUGUGCUUAUUUCAGCACCGUUCAGCUGUUGGAAGACCCGUGCUGGUGCCACGUUAUGAAGUAUACAUUGACUUUUCUUUUCUCUUCUUUAUUUUUUAAUGUUCUUGUGAUGAUGGAUCAGAGGCCUUAGGAGUCAUGUGCAAUAAUACGAAGUGUAUCAACUCCCUAGAUGUACGCUAACUACAUACUGUUGACAUUUAAAAAAAAAAGUUUACAUCUAAAUGUCGAAUCAUGAACAAAAUUACACAGAUUAAGGUUUUAGAUGCCCUCGAAUCAUAGUGAUUUUGUUUAAUUAUCAUGCUGAAGUCCAAGAUCUGAUAUUGGCUUUUUAAUGUUUUAUUUAUUAAUGCCACCUUUCCUGUGGCAUUGUCAUAAUUUCUGCUUUUUUUUUUCCAUCUUACUAAUCUGUAUCUGGCUAAUCUAUAUUUACAGUAUGUGGAUAUCAUGUAUCCUGGCAGAACCCCAAAGCAUACAACUAAAGCUUAUUCUUCUACAGUGUCUUUGUAUAAUACUGCAGUCGUGUGUGUGGUUCCCAUAUUUUCUGUGUUUCUAAGUUUCUGAGGUGACUGAAUGAAAAUCUGUACAUAUAAAGGAAACAUGCACA